AUGUCUCGCCGGCGAACAUCACACAGCGAGAUGAACGAGGCCCUCGCCUAUCCCUUCAUGCAGUCAAACGGCCACCCACAACACCAACAACAACACCAACCUCAACCUCAUCUCCCUCCCCCCUCCCCCCUCGCCGCGGUCCCAUCGAAGGCCCCAAUGGCCGUCGCCUCAUCCGCCGCGUCACCUGGCGCUCCUCAACCUACAAACUCAUGGCCUCGCUGUGGGUGCUCGCCGUCCUCUAUAUCGUCUGGCUGGUCCGUGACCUCUUCUACCUCCCCGUCCCGCCUGCCGAGUCUGCCCCGCCUCAACGCGAGUAGCUUGAGCUGUCUCUCAACGGUGUCUGCUUGGGUUGGUCGGGCCUGCUGGGUUUAG